UACUUCACAUUUUGGUAGUUAGCCGCUUAUAAAUCCUAUUUAAACGUCAUAUGAUAUUUUGUGUUGUCUACUGGAGCGAGCGAAAUACUUAAAGGAUUCUUCAAACAUAAAUUAUUAUAUUUUUAUCGCCACAAAUAUCUGUAGGAAAACUGUCUCUGUGGUUGUGAAAACAUCAAUGAAGUUUAAAACUAGGAAGAGGCGGGCACGUAACAAAUGAGGACGCAAAUGGAACUUAUACUCUCAACUUCUCUCGCGGCGAAAAACAGUACAGGCCUCUGUUUAGUGCAGAGUGGCAAGUGCAAAACAGGGAAGUGGACAUCGAGAAGAAAAGUGUCCACAGUGAAGGCUUCAAUUGUCAAUGAUAUUGUAUCAGCUGCAGCUGCUGACCCUGCUGUUUCAUCGGAUUUCCCAUGGGAGACCACUGUGGGUGCAUUGGCAGGAGUUGCACCUUUUGUAAUUGCAGGUAUCGAGUUCAGAAAACGUAUAGUUGCCCAGAAGAAAUGUGAUGUAUGCAAAGGGUCUGGACUUGUGAAAAGAGAAAAAUAUUAUUUCCGAUGCUAUGGUUGUGGUGGGUUUUUGCCGUGGCAGUCAUGGAAGAGGUUCUUCUCAGGUUGAUAAGAGUAAGGUGCUGCGAAGGCAUAGAGAGAGAGAUUAGGUUCUCCUUCAUUUUAUAGCCGGAACUUGAAUUUUCUCAAGUCUCAUAAUGUGACAUUUCCGAUUCCAACAGAUGGUAUAAAAUAUAUUAAUAGUUUAGUACUCAAGUCAGGCAAACUAAAUGUUGCUUGAAAUCAUAAUUUGAAAAAAUGCAAUCUUAGAAAUUUAAAGUAAAUGCAAUGCAUAACUUUGUGAUAUUAACACAUUAUUUGACAUCAAAAGAAUAUAUGUGCACCCUACAUCUCUUUGUUCGUUGCCCCUUCACAAAAGAAUGGAACUCGCUUGCUGUAUAUGCAAAUAGAGAGAUUGGGUUCAUCUUCAUUUGCAGUCA